UUUUUUGCGAAGUUUUUUUGGCGGUAAUUCCCCUUCUGAUAAAAUGCUUUUAAAAGGACUUCGAAAGUCAUGAUUUCUGGUUCAGUUUUAAACGAAAUUUGCAAAGAUUCAAUCAACUUAAUAAAUGGCGAAGCAACUGCAAGAAGCACACACCAAACAUCGGUACCGAAAAUCGAAAACCCGAUCAGUUACAGCGAGUUUUUCUCGACGUAUUUGUUGAAGAACCAACCGUGUAUUUUGACUCAAUGGGCGACCAAAGACUGGCCGUGUAUGGAAGGAUGGAGGUUCGAAUCCAGGGCCGGGGAGUUUGUUCCUAAUUUUGAUAAAUUGGUGGAAUUAUUUGGGGAAACUGAAGUCCCAGUUGCAGAUUGCAGUAAGAAGAAUUUUAAUUCUCACGAAAAAAUCAAAAUGAAAUUCAAGGAUUUUGUUAAGUAUUGGAAAUCUAAAAUUAACGGAGAUAAUGAAGAAAGAAGUUUGUAUUUAAAGGAUUGGCAUUGUAGGAGAGAAUUCCCGUCUUACGACAUCUACACCACCCCACCCUACUUUACUUCUGAUUGGUUGAAUGAAUUGUUUGACAAAGUAGUUGUAAGUUUCAGUGAGGAUGAUUACCGGUUCGUGUACAUGGGACCAACUGGGACUUGGACUCCCUUUCAUGCAGACGUAUACAGAUCGUACAGUUGGUCGGCCAAUAUUUGUGGAAGGAAGAAGUGGGUUAUGUUUCCGCCUAGUGAAGAGGAAAAGCUGAAAGACAUCAACGGACAUCUACCGUUCGAUAUUCGUGACAUCAUCAGUGAUGAUGUCAUCAAACCCACCCAUAUAGAAGUCGAACAAGAAGCGGGGGAAAUAAUGUUCGUGCCUAGUGGUUGGCAUCAUCAAGUUUACAACAUGGAAGACACGAUAUCCAUCAACCACAAUUGGUUCAACGGUUGUUGUAUCAACUUAGUGUGGAGGUUUCUACAAAGUGAGUUGCGAUUGGUGGAGCGUGAGAUAGAUGAUUGUCGCGCUUCAAUGGAUGAGGAGGAAUGGACCAAUCAUUGCCAGGUUUUAAUGUUGUGCAACACUGGAAUCAACUACCAGCGUUUCCAUUCGCUUCUCGAACAUAUUAUAAAGACUCGAUGUGAUGUCAUAAUGAGGGGUGUGACAUCACAACCAAAGACAAAGAGAGACAAAAGAAAGGUAGAUUAUGAUGUCAUAAAGAGAACUUGUAUUUCAACUAUGACAUCACUAAGGAAUUGUUUAUCGCCUGUUGAAAUAGCUGAGUCACAAUGUCUAGCUGAUUUAUGCUUAGUCAUCCCUACAUUAUUAGAAAUGCUCAGUCAUUGUUACUGUGCUCGUUUAUUAUUUGAUAUCUGUGAUGUCAUAAUAGCAUACACAAAGCAAUUCAAUUGAACAAUGUCCAUUGUUACACUCUUUAAUUAACUG